AUGGAGUCGUACUGCUUUCGCGAAUAUGCGAGUAUAAUUUGGCGCGCCGCCGGCUGGUCCUACGUGGUAUUAAAUACCGUAACCGGUUACCUCAUCGGCUGCACACGGGUGUUUUCUUAUGAAUAUUACUACUUUUAUUGGAUUUGCGAGCCGACGGCUGCCGCGCAAGUCUAUCCGAUGAUAGCCCAAAUGGAAAGCUAUAUGAGCCUGGUGAUCGUCUUCUUCACGGUGCUGGUCAUCUACUUUUACGCAAAGGUCCUCCGCCGAUCGGCUCAGUACAACAAGAAAAGCCCGCACGAGAAGGACGUAUUAUUACAGAUCUUCUUCAUUUGCCUCAUUUUUAUCGGUUACAAAAUUGGGACGGCCAUUUUCGAGGCCAGCCUCCCCGCGAAUCAAUCUCCCACCAAGGCGCACAUAUUCGUCGAAAAUCUCCUAAAAAUCGGCCUUUGCAACGUACACCCGCUCUCGCAUUUGCUCAUCAACGGCAAGAGGUCGAACUUUAACUCGCCGGUCCCGCCGCCCGCGCCUCUCAACUACGUGUCGUACGAGCAGUUGUGUCAGGUCCCCGAGCCCCCAGGGCAACCGUCAUUACGUGGGCUGCGUAGCCGGCAGCAAGCCCGGCUGGCCGGCACCAUGUCCGUU